GAGAGAGAGAAAAAGAGAGAGAGAGAGAGAGAGAGAGAGAGAGAGAGAGAGAGAGAGGUGAAGUGCGCGUGCUCUGUCGCCGCUGUUUCAGAGCAGAGGAGCUUUUACUCAGCUGCUGAUGAGGGACGGAGGGAAGGAUGCACAGAUAGAGGGAUGAAUGAAUGAAUGAUCCCGACCCGGGCUUCUUCCAGAGAACCGAAGACUCAAACCACCUAAGCCAGAUGGUGGAGUCAACUACAAACCACUGAGAUCAACUGCUGUGACAUCACCUCGCCGCACCGGGCUGCAGACGCAAUCUGUAUGAUUCACGAAUCUCUGCGCCGACCCAGUAGAAGUCAGUAGAGUCCAGUGAAGGACCGACUGCAUCGAUAGAAAUGGCUUCAACAGCCAUGUCUCCAUCCUCUCUCACCUCCCGCCUCUCCUCACCCCUCCUCCUCUUCUUACUCUCUGCCUUCCUCCUCCUGUCCUGUCCCGGAUCAGUGGACGCGGCUGACGCAAACUGCUCAGCUGCUGGAGACCAGUGUCAGGAAGGAGUGGUGCUGCCCGUGUGGAACCCUCAGAACCCCUCUGUGGGCGACAAAGUGGCGCGGGCCAUUGUUUACUUCGUGGCUCUCAUCUAUAUGUUCCUGGGCAUGAGCAUUAUCGCCGACCGGUUCAUGUCUUCUAUAGAGGUCAUAACCUCCCAGGAGAAAGAAAUCACUAUAAAGAGGCAGAAUGGUGAGACCAGCACCGUCACGGUCAGGAUCUGGAAUGAGACCGUUUCUAAUCUCACUUUAAUGGCCUUGGGUUCCAGCGCUCCCGAGAUACUGCUGUCAGUUAUUGAGGUGUGUGGUCACGAUUUUGAGGCCGGCUCUCUGGGUCCCAGCACUAUCGUGGGCAGCGCUGCCUUCAACAUGUUCGUCAUCAUCGCCCUGUGUGUGUACGUGGUACCCGAUGGAGAGACGCGCAAAAUCAAACACCUUCGGGUGUUCUUCGUCACGGCAGCCUGGAGUAUCUUCGCCUACAUAUGGCUCUACCUGAUUCUGAGUGUCUUUUCCCCGGGAGAGGUGGAGGUUUGGGAGGCAGUGCUCACCUUCCUCUUCUUCCCGCUCUGUGUGGGCCAGGCCUGGGUGGCAGACCGUCGCCUCCUCUUCUACAAGUACGUCCGCAAGCGUUACCGCGCCGACAAGCACCACGGCAUCAUCAUCGAGACCGAGGGAGGGCCGGAUGGAGCCAUGGGUAUGUCCGGAGGAGGUGCCCUGGGGCCGGGGGGUUUCACCAAGAUGGACAUGCUGGAGCUGGACGGACAGAUGGCGCUGAAUUCUCACAGUGGGAUGGACGGAGGGAUGAUGGAAGACGGAGCGAAGGACGAACAAGAUGAGGCCAGGAGGGACAUGGCGAAGACGCUGAAGGAUCUGAAGCAGAGGCACCCGGAUAAAGACAUGGAGCAGCUGAUCGAGAUGGCUAAUUAUCAGGUCCUGAUGCAGCAGCAGAAGAGCAGAGCGUUCUAUCGUAUCCAGGCAACCAGGAUGAUGAUCGGAGCUGGAAACAUCCUGAAGAAGCACGCCGCCGACCAGGCCCGCAAGGUGGUGAGCAGCAAAGAGACGCAGGCGCAGGAGGACGACCCUCACACCAUCACGAUGGACUUUGAACCCGCUCUGUACCAGUGCUUCGAAAACUGUGGCUCCUUAAAACUGACUGUGGGCAGACACGGAGGAGACCCUGGAGUUACUGUCAAGGUGGAUUAUCGCACAGAGGACGGCACAGCAAACGCAGGUUCAGAUUAUGAGUUUGCAGAGGGAACGCUGCUGUUUAAGCCGGGAGAGACCCUCAAAGAGAUCACAGUCGGAGUGAUUGACGAUGACAUCUUCGAGGAGGAUGAGUAUUUCUACGUCCACCUCAGUAACCCUCGGCUGGUUGGAUAUCCGGAGAUCGGCACCGCCCCGCAGGACGCCAGCGUCGCCCCCAAAGCCGUGCUGGGGGACAACCACACCGCCACAGUGACCAUCUACGAUGACGAUCACGCAGGCAUCUUUACCUUUGAGGCCGGCAGUCAGAAGGUGAGCGAGAGCGUGGGUGUGAUGGAGCUGAAGGUGUUGAGGACUUCGGGGGCCCGAGGCCUGGUGGCCGUCCCCUACCGAACCGUGGAUGGCAGCGCUAGAGCGGGAGAGGACUACGAAGUGUCCGCCGGCAAGCUGGAGUUCCAGAACGACGAGACCAUGAAGAUCAUCGAGGUGAAGAUCAUUGAUGAUGAGUUGUAUGAGAAGAACAAGACCUUCACCCUGGAGCUGGGAGAGCCCAUUCUGCUGGAGAUAGGGCAGAAACACGGGGACUCCAAUGAGAACAAGCCCUUGGUGGGAGCAGAGGACGAAGAAGUGGCCAAGAUGGGCUGUCCCAGUCUGGGCGAACACACACAAGUAGAGGUGGUCAUCGAAGAGUCCUACGAAUUCAAGAGAGCAGUAAGCACACUUAUCUGGCGGGCUGAACAGAAUACAGUAGAUAAGUUGAUCAAGAAGACAAACCUGGCCUUGGUGGUGGGAAGCAGCAGCUGGAGGGAGCAGUUUGUCAACGCCGUCACUGUCAGCGCAGGAGACGACGAUGAGGAGGAGAGCGGCGAGGAGCGGCUGCCGUCCUGCUUCGACUACAUCAUGCACUUCCUCACCGUCUUCUGGAAGGUCCUGUUCGCCUUCGUCCCGCCCACGGAGUACUGGAACGGCUGGGCCUGCUUCAUCGUCUCCAUCUCGCUGAUCGGCGUCCUGACGGCGGUCACCGGAGACCUGGCCUCGCACUUUGGCUGCACGGUCGGCCUGAAGGACUCGGUGACGGCCGUGGUGUUUGUGGCGCUGGGAACAUCUGUGCCAGACACAUUCGCCAGCAAGGUGGCCGCCAUCCAGGAUCAGUACGCCGACGCCUCCAUCGGGAACGUCACAGGCUCCAACGCGGUCAACGUGUUCCUGGGCAUCGGCGUGGCGUGGACCCUGGCCGCCGUGGUGUGGCGCUCCAGGGGCAAGGUGUUCAAGGUGGACCCAGGGAACCUGGCCUUCUCCGUCACGCUCUACACCAGCAUGGCCGUCAUCUGCAUGCUCAUCCUGCUGUACCGGCGGCGGGCCUCGGUGGCCGGGGGGGAGCUGGGGGGGCCGCGGACUUGCAAGAUUAUCACGUCGCUGCUGUUCUUCUCCAUGUGGCUGAUCUACAUCCUGCUGGCUUCACUGGAGGCCUACUGCCAUCUACCAGUGUUCUAAAUGGAGAGGAGACUGACCCACUGCCAAGAGGGGGAGAGGGGGAGAGGGGGAGAGGGAGAGAGGGAGAGAGGAAGGGAGAGAGGAGUCUUCAGACGGACAGGUCCAGGACAGAUGGGUAGCAGAGGCGGAUCAAUAAUGGACUCUCAAUUUCCUCUUUUUUUUACGAUUUUCAGUGUUUCAGAUAUAUUUUUGUCUCUCCAUUUAUUUAUUUCCUGCAAACACUAAGUCAUUUUUGCAUUAGCAGCUCUUUGAGGAAAGGAGUCCCACCAUCUACCCAGUGUUAAAGGGACACAAACCCUCCUAACCAAGAUUUAUUUCACAUAAAUGUAUGUUUUAAAGGAGCUUUUAUGUUGUUACCUCAAUCAUCCAUCAUCGUCAGUGGACCACACGGUUUAAUAGUUAAUAAAAGGCUGAUAUCGUUCAAUAUACUGCCAAAUCAGCAGGAGAGAAAAAGAGAUUUGGAGCAAGGAGAGGUGUGACGCCAUCACUCACAGGAAGAUUUAGGGAGGAAGAUAAAAGAGGACAUGGAGGCAAAACAACUAGAAAAAUGUUGUGGAUAAAGUCGAUGGACUGACUGGAGAAGAAACAAGAAAAAGAAGAAUGGAUUAGAAUACAUAUUCUUCUCCUCACUUUCUCUCUCUUGCUACUUUCUGCUUUUUCCUAUCUGGUCUACACAGGAAGAAUCAUACCCACUGUACUCUGUUAAUACUACCAGUGACUUAUAGGUUGAACCCCUAUCCCAGAUGUACACACACACACACACACACACAUACACACACACACACACACACACACACACACACACACACACACACACACACACACACACAAUGUGGGGCCUCAGGUGAAUAACAUUGGAGGACCUCUCGCAGGAUAACACAGGACUGUUCCUUUUUCUUUUUUUCGUGAAUACACUGUGCGAAAUAUACUCUCCACCCCUCCACACACACUCUCUCCUACCAAACACUCCUCCCUCAUCCCUCCCUUUGCCUUACCCGCUGUAGGACUUGUCUUAAAGUUGUGAUAAUGAAACGCUGUAGUAACCACCAUCAAUCCCUCUUUUUAAUUGAGCCAAUCCCAAGUCCUCCUCCUUUUGCGCCAAUCAGCAGCCUCGUUUAUCCCACCAAGGUGUCUCCCCCCCCCCCCCCCCCCCCCUUUCUUUUCUAAACUUUUCAAUGGCGUCACGUGUUGAUGUUGUUACCGUGCAAUUGUAAAAAAAAAAAAAAGUUAAGUAAGAUAAAGACAUAUAAAUAUAGUAUGGAGGUAUGGAGGUAAAAAAGGUUUAAGCAGGUGGUUCGGAAGAAUGUAACAAAUGUCGGAUUAGCAUCUGGGAGAAAAGUGGGAUGGAGAAGAAAUGUGUGAUAAAAAAGUCUGGAAAACCAAGCAGUCCACUUUGUAAAAGUUGAAUGAAGAAGCGUCGUGCAAUACACAGCGUGACUGUUAACACUCUAAAGUCGCUUGUAAUGGCAAGGAAACGAAAAUCGGGACUAAACAGGAAAUGAUGUAACGCUAUCUUCUGAACAAGAUGGACGCCAGUUAACGACUAAGAAGAGGAGGACGUUGAUGACGAAUCAAAACUAUGACUAGUGUUUCUAAUUGUACAUGAUAAUAUAAGAAACUUUUAUUGAUGUGUGUGAGAAACACUGAUAUUUAAUUUAUGUGAAAACCCCGGAGGAAAUAGGAAAUUGUCGCCCUUCUUUCCUCUGAAACACAAUUCAAAGAGAAUCCCACCACCAGGGGAAACGGCUGGAGGACUCACAGACAGAGAGAGGAGUCUCUGAGGGAAAUGUACGGCAGCUCUGAAAUAUCACACGACUGUUCUGUGGCAGUCGUCACGUUAGGAUGUUUCUUUGAACAAAAAUCACAAAUCCUCUGUUAUCCAAAGAUGUAAUAGAAGAACAAUGUCACAGAUCACCGUUCAUCUCCAGUGUGCAGUUUUACCUCGCAGGCGUCGUACAAGUCCCACCAGCUGCCAGGUGUAAAAGAAACUCUCAUAUUUAAAGGUGUUCACACUACAGAUAUAUGUGCUUAACCAUUGCUAUUUUUAUGGGUACGAGCCUUUAUCAAAAGCUGUGCUAACUAUUUAGUUUUUGUAUAGAAGUGUGAGGCAUGGUGUGUGUGAAAGUUUGUAGUAGAGAAUAUUAUGCCACAUAUCAUAUGAAAUCCUCCAUUUUUCUUAGUGCGUUGAAUCCAGAUUUAUAUAACGUAUGUGUUUAUAGCCCUGCCUUGCCCAGGGGCUGGGCUGAAGCUGGGCAGAAGGGAUGGCAUAUGGUGCAGGUGAUUAUUAAAUGUAAUCCCUCUGUUAACAGCAGCGUACGAGCAACCAUUUUCCCCUCAGCUGCCCACACAGCUCGUUGUAAACUUCAAGGAAAAUCCUGUAAGGACAAUAAUUUAGCUUUUUUGUUUAAUCCACAGAGAGCAAAAUGGGACCGAAAACAACAAUUUACCUGCCCACCAUCCGCCCUUUUUCUUUCAGAUAAGGACAAAUUACCCGCUGCUUUCAAUUGUAUGUAAAUGCUUACAAAGCCCGCUCAGUCUUCACCAGGCUCAAAAACUCACGGGUGGAAAUUACUUCCUGCGUCACCCCUUCAAUCAAAUGUGACGUUUUAAACGCCACAGCAGUCCCCAUCGACAGCCAGAAAAUCUGUUAAAGUCGCAGUGAAAUCUACCUUGAACAGCUGUUUUCUGCAUCAGCUGAUAUCUGACAGGCACAGCCAAUAUUCACUGAUAAAGAGAUGUGGCCCCCUGCCAUCGAUGCGCUUGCCCUCUUUCAAAAGAAUAUUUCUUGGCUGCAAAUAUUUCCUAUUGCUGUCUAGAAAUUAGACACAGGUUUACACCCCCACUGAGGACUCUUCAGCAUGUUAAGUGCUUCCAGGGCCUUUCGGGAAAAAUAUUGAGGUCAGGAAUCCUGGAGAGAAAGAUUUGUCAAAGCCCCAAACAGAUACUAUUUUAUUUGGAGUUCUCGUGUUUUAUUCUGUUAUAUUUCCAUUAGUUUCCCAACAUGCAGAUCUAAAUGUCUUAAAGUAGAAGAAUCUACUGAAAGUAUCCCACUAUCCUCAAUCUGUUUGUUGACAUGGAAUUACCCGUACCUAUUUGAAACUGUCAGACUAACCAUCCAGACCCUCUCAAAUCCUGAGUCAGUCCUGCAGCGCACCGUAUAUUUUCAAACACAGGAGUCGGUCAUCAGUUAGUUUUGACAUGACUUACUGGUUGGCAUGGCUCCUGACCCUCUGAGACGCCAAACGGUCCCCCCAUGACUCCAGCCUCUCUAACGUUAGACUGAGUGGGUGGGCUCAUAGUGACGCCACAAGAAUACUGAGACUGAUUUAACAAUGUAGGCUCUUUAAAGGUUCAUAAUCCUUUCUGGAAUAAGACGGAGUGUGUGUGUGUGUGUGUGCGCGUGCAUGCUUUCUAAGUGAGUGAAGAAAUGCAACCAUAUUUUUAGUCUCUUGCCUGUUGCUUAGCGACCAUCUAACUGCGAGCCGUUGUCUUCUUGACUGUUGCUGGUGUGUGUGUGUGUGUGUCACUCUCCUUUGAUGUUUCUCACUUGCCCUUCUUAGAGUGAAUGUGACAGUUUCUCAUUCAUUAGAUCUCUCUCUGCGGGCCAAUUCCAACAUGUAUUACUCUUCGUUUCCUCCGACGUGUGUGUAUCGUUUCCUUUGUGUUCCUCGUGCCUCACCUUGUUUGCAUGUGUAUCCGUUGUGUGUAGGUCUACAUGCGUAUGUGAGCCUUUGUUUGUUUGUGCCGCUUGGUGUUGUAAUCUCCUUAUAAGGGCUCGCCCCCCGCGUCCCUGGCUGAGUCCCAAACGCCAGAUUAAUGAACCUGAAUGCCAACCUGACCCACAGUAAAAAAAGGCCUGGAAAUUGGAUUCCCUCCAUUUCCUGUGUGUGUGUGUGUCCCUAUCGAAUUAGACGUAUAUUAGAUUUGGCUGGCAAUCAAGAUUGAAAUAGAUGGUGGCACAUUGCUUGAAGAAAUGUGUGUGUGUGUGUGUGUUUGUGUGUACAGUGUGUGAGUAGCUGUCAUACAUUAAGGUCACUGACUCUACAAACCGAUUGCGUGAUAUCAUGAUGCUGACAAUCACACACGUGUAAAUAACACAUACACACGUACUGCACUUGUAGAAACACAGAUGAUUGAUAUGGUUAUAAAGCAAGCAAUCCACACACACACACACACACACACACAAAACUUUGGCUCUCCGCAGUUUUAGUAAAACUGAACAUAUUUCCUAGCAAUGUUACACUUUAAUUUAGUUGGAAAAUGACAACAGAAGCCCGCAAAGAAAGUGUAUUUAGUUGACGCUUUAAGUGACGGUUGCUAGGUCGAUUAUUUGUGCAUGUGUGUCUGAGUGUGUGUUUACAGACAGAAAUCACUAUGUGUACAUGAGUUAGAGAUAUAAAGAUACUGAGCUUGUAAAGAACCAAUUUUCCCAUUUUCCCAUUUUCAUUUCAGAGACGUGUGUGUGUGUGUGUGUGUGUGUGUGUGUG